CUAGGGUCUCUAGCUUUCACCUGAGGGUCUGUGGUUCCCGCGGCGCACGUGCGGCAGAUACCCCCACCCCUUGGUGGGCGGGGUUGUGCUCAGAACCAAUGAGAGCUUGGGGGGGAGGAGUAGGGAAGCUUCCAGAGGGGCAGAUAGGGAGGAAGUUAUAAAGGGGGUACCAGCGAGCCAGCGGGAGAGCAAUGCAGUCCAAGCGGGAGUGUGAGCUGUGGUGUGAGAAGGUGAAUCCAGAGAACAAGGCGGCGCUGGAGGCGUGGGUCAGGGAGACGGGCAUCCGCCUGGUGCAGGUGAACGGGCAGAGGAAGUAUGGCGGGCCACCCCCAGGAUGGGUGGGCAGCCCGCCGCCGGCCGGGUCAGAAGUGUUUAUCGGGCGGCUGCCCCAGGACGUGUACGAGCACCAGCUGAUCCCACUGUUCCAGCGCGUGGGCCGCCUCUACGAGUUCCGCCUGAUGAUGACCUUCAGCGGCCUGAACCGCGGCUUUGCUUACGCCCGCUACAGCUCGCGACGCGGCGCCCAGGCCGCCAUCGCCACGCUGCACAACCACCCGCUGCGGCCGGCCUGCCCGCUGCUCGUGUGCCGCAGCACCGAGAAGUGCGAGCUGAGUGUGGACGGCUUGCCGCCGGGCCUGAGCCGCCAAGCGCUACUGCUCGCGCUGCAGCCGCUGGGGCCCGGCCUGCAGGAAGCGCUGCUGCUGCGCAGCCCCGGGCCGGCACCCGCGCAGAUCGCACUACUCAAGUUCAGCUCGCACCGCGCCGCAGCCAUGGCCAAAAAGGCCCUGGUGGAAGGGCAGUCACGCCUCUGUGGAGAACAGGUGGCCGUGGAGUGGCUUAAGCCAGACCUGAAGCAGCGACUCCGCCAGCAGCUCACAGGUCCCUCUCUACAGUGCCUACAGCCAGAGGGCAGCCAAGUAGCCCUGGCCAGGGACAAGGGGCUGGAGUCCCAAGGGGCUCGGGCUGCCCUGCAGCUGCUGUGCCAACGGAUGAAGUUGGGCAGCCCACUGUUCCUCACCAAGUGUUUGGGCACAGGCUCUGGUGGCUGGCACCGAUUCUGGUACCAGGUGGUGAUCCCUGGGCAUCCAGUGCCCUUCAGUGGCCUCAUCUGGGUUGUGCUGGCCCCCAGUGGGCAGGAUGGGCAUGAGGUGGCCAAGGAUGCUGUGUCUGCACAGCUGCUGGAGGCUGAGUCUGGGGCCAGCCUCCUGUGGUCUGCUGGGGCUGAGGCAGGAGGUACCAUGGUUCAGCAGUGACCUAAUCCUCUCCCCAGGCAGCCUGAAUGAGUAGGUGGAGCCUGUGUCAGUCCCUGGCCCAGCAGGCCUGGGCAGCUGCUAUCUGAUCCCAAGAAGGGGAGGAGCAUGGGCCCUGCCCUAGGCCUGACACAGCCUCCCAGCUGAGGCAGGGCCCACAGCACCUCGGGGCAGUUCAAGUUUGGCUAAGUUGUGGUGAGGGAGCUUCCCUUCCCCCUCCCAGCCUGGGGUUUAACCUAACCCCAGGGUUGUUCUCUGACACACACACGCACACACACCCCUCUCUCCUUCCACAGCUUAACAUGAAUCUUUGCUUCUUAUUUUCUUGAUUUGUCUUUGUUGAUGUUUUUAUUUGGGGGCUGGCUGAGCCAAAGGGUCAGGGCCUUUGCCCCAACCACUUGGCAUUCUGGUUUUGGUGUAUGCGUAGUUUUGAGUUUUUCUAUGCUGGUUUUUCUAUGCUGGUUGUAUUUAUAUUAAACCCCUGGUUGGUUUACACCUG